AUGAUGAGUUCAGCAGAUAAGGUGCAGCUGUCAGAUAGCGACAAAGAGUUCAUGGAGAGAGCGUUUCAACUGGCGGAGGAGGCUCUUGAAAAUAAUGAAGUUCCUGUUGGCUGCGUGUUCGUAUAUCGUGGGAAAGAGGUGGGACGAGGCAGGAACGAGGUCAACAGCACAAAGGAUCCGACUACCCAUGCUGAAAUGGUUGCAUUGCGAAGAAUGGAGUGCAGAUUGGCUAUCAAAGGGUUUAGCAUCGGCCUUCAUAUUCUUCAUGAUUUAGUUCUCUACGUGACGCUUGAGCCAUGCAUAAUGUGUGCUAGUGGACUCUAUGAGUUAGCGCAGAGUUACAAUCUGCUGUUUAGGCAUAUCCAAGAAAUCGUUUACGCGGCUGCGAACGAGAGAUUCGGAGGAAUAAAAAGUGUGGGUAAUAGCAGUAAGUACAAUGUGGAAGGAGCAACAAUCGAGGUUGUGGACUCAGUAGAUGUCGAUCGAUCAGUCAAUCUCUUGAAGUCUUUUUAUGAGCGCCAAAAUCCGUUUGCGCCCGAAGAGAAGCGGAAAGUGAAGCGAAAAUCACUUGUCGAUGGUAGAGAUGCUGGAGGCCACCGCGAUGUACUGUACUACGUGGUGAGUCUGGGAGUUGUGGCCAUUGGAGUGACGUUUGCUGCGAUUCCGGCUUACAGGGUAUUCUGUGAAAAGACCUCAUUUGGUGGUUUAACUCAGGUUGCAGAUGACUUUGAAAAAAUCGCAAGAAUGAAGAAAGUAGAAGAUCGACUUAUUCGAGUACAGUUCAACUCUGACACCCCUUCUAGUAUGCAGUGGGAAUUCAAGCCACAACAGCACGAGAUGUACGUUCAUCCAGGAGAAACGGCCCUUGCGUUCUACACUGCGAAAAAUCCUACCGAUCGUCCAAUAGUUGGCAUAUCGAGUUACAACCUUACGCCAUUCCAAGCGGCUUAUUAUUUCAAUAAGAUCCAGUGUUUUUGUUUUGAAGAGCAAAUUUUGAACCCUGGUGAACAAGGGAUUUGCCCGUUUUCUCUACAUAGUAUCCUGAUUAUGCCAAUGACCCAGCUUUGGAAUACCUGGACAAUAUCCUUCUCAGCUACACUUUCUUUGAAGCGAAGUCUGGUCUGCAACUGCCUAGUCCCUUUGAUCCUAACAACCGGCCGAAGAACGAAAAAUCUGGAGAACAACCAUUCUAAGAAGACACCGUUUGGAGUGCGGAGUAAGGUUGCAAAAACUUCGCCAGUACACGUCGAUUCAACGGAAGGACCUGCUGGGGAUGCCAGUGUGAAUAUUCCUGAUUCUGUGUGCGUGCCUAAAUUCGUCACAGAUUUCUACGUUAUGCGGCAUCUCUUUGCCCCGGAGAUCCAUGUUCAGCGCAAAAAAGCUGAGCUCAGCUCACCUGGUUGGACUGUUCGAGUUGCUCAAUGGGGAACUCUUCUACCAUGCUAUCAGGUAAUUCCACCAAUCUGUUGCGUUUUGUUGUCACCGUUGUCGUUUACGCGUCAUCUGCGAGUAAUCGAAAAUCCUUCACAGAAGACGAACUGCUUCUGCACUACAGACAUGCCACCGAUCUGUCAGAAAUGCAGACACUUCUGUCGUGUGAUACGUAGAUCUUGUUGUGGAGAUGGCUUGAUAGUAUAUGUUCCAAAUGAUGAUCGAUUCCCUAAGAUCGAGGUCGUAGGAAAUCGCAUGGAACACGCGAUUGUACACCUUGCUGGUAAAACAAAAGACGUUGCUGAAUCUUACCUCACGAAAUCAACAGAUGUUGGGGCCCUCAAACAACAGAUGAAGGCGGUUUGCAGCCAACGCAAUAAGAAGAAGUUGGGAAAGGCCCCUAGCGGUGCUGGUUUGUGGGUAGAGGUGGUCAAUGAUGUUGGAUAUCGUCCUAUUUCUGAAGAUGCAGGAAAGAUCAGAAAAACGUUAGAUCUACUAUGUAGCGCUGAUCUUGAUGAAUCACUACGACCAAGUAAAAUGCAGUGGCUCAUGGAACUCGUCACGUUUGCUCAGAUUGCCACUGAUGAAUGCGAUUUUGGAAUGGGAUUGGAGUUGGGUCAGUGGUUGUUCCUAGCCAAUCACGAACAGUUCGAUAAAAUUGCACAUCGACUUCUCGCCACUGCUUAUUCGCUGUUGGGUCGUGCAGAAUACAAAAAGAUUCUCGAUCUUCAAAUGGCUCCAGGUGUCCGAAGGAGAAAGGAGCUUGACGCUCGGAAGAAGAGCUCUGACUGA